UGAGUAUUGUCAUCUCUAUAUAUUCUCCUUGAUGAAUACUCGCGUAUUCAACAAGCAAUACUCGGGUUGUUAAUUAUUAUAUCAUCGCUAACCUGAGGAAGUUGACUCAUCAGAAGAUUUUGAGUGGAUUCAUCAGAAGCAAACAUCAAGUGUCGUAUUAUCUAAUACAUCACAUCUAAUACAAGCAUCCUAAGCCCUGGCAACUACAUUUUAUAUAAAAGUCCAUUGCCAAUCAACCAUGGCUGAAAUAUAUAAUGGUUUGAGACUUAUCAUGGCUAUUAAAAGCUGUGGACAGCGUGUCUUAUAUCAGACAUUCCUUCUGGGAACUCCAGACAAACCUAAAGAUAAGAACCUGGCAGAUUACUUAGAGAACUUGCCGCUAACAUCAACCGCAAACUACAUAAAAGCCUCGAAACGAGAAAAACGUUUUUACAAUGAGGAAAAAGAGUUGAUUAACACCAAUCCAGACGGAUCCAAGUUUGAUAUAACACUGCUCUACAAGAUUAUCAGAUUAGCUUGUGAGAAGGUGGCCCCAUUAAAAAAUGAAAACGGAAAAUGGGGCUCCGAAAGUACAGAAAUGGAGUAUUACGUCACUGCUAUAAAAGAUAUGAGAAACGAUGUUAUUCACAGCCAACUUGCCGUAACUAAAACUGAGCUAUCGGAAAAGAUGUUGAAACUUAGAAAGUAUUUAGUUGGGUGUGUGAAGACGUCUGGAGAGCGGUAUGGGCGGGACGAGGCUGUGGUAAACAAUGAGAUCAAGCAGGUGAUGGAUGAUCUGGACCAAAUACAACAAACAAUUCUUGGUAAGGAAGAUAUAAUGAAGUAUUACAGUGACGAACUUAAGCAGCUUAUGAUUGAGAAGUGCAGCGAGACACUGAAGAUGAUCUUCCAAAGAAUUGUCAAUAUUAACCCAGUGUCUUUCUUCACAGAUGACCUGCGCCUUGAGGUAGACAAAAUUUUUGUUGAUGUCGCAGUCAAGCAAGGAAAACGUAGAGGUGAAAGUAAAGCUAUAGACUAUCGAGACCUCCUCAAAUUUCUUCAGAACCCAAAUGAACCUCUAUCUAUGAGUGAUGUCUCCCAGCAACAGAGUUCAGCUGCACGGAGUCAAAUACUUCUGCUUGAAGGUGUGGCCGGCAGCGGCAAGACCACUCUGGUGACAAUGGUAAUACAGAAUUGGAUAAAGGGAGGUAAAGGCAAAAUAAGAGGCCUAAAUAAUUAUGACCUUGUGCUAUGGGUACAGUGCAGGGACCCAACCAUAGACUCCUACCAAGCCCUCCUGGACCGCCUCAUGCUAAAAGUAUCAUUACAAUUUAGGAACCUUAUGCCAAGACUGACGAAGCUUUGUAAGCUGCUAAUCGUAGUUGAUGGCCUGGAUGAAAUUAAUGAGAACUCGAAAAAACUUGUAAACAGUUUGUUACACGAAUUCAAGAACUGUACCCACACUACAUUUAUGUGCACGUCACGUCCAGAAAAACUUGAAAUGUUUAGUAACACGAUUCCCCGGGAAUAUAAAGUGACAAUUGCUGAGCUACGAGGCAUACCUAAGGACCGAAUUCUUGAAUUUGUGCGUCGAAAUCACGUGGCGAUAAAGCACCAGACAAGGAGUGAACGAAACACUGAGGAACUGGUAAAGGCAGUGGAGAAGUUGAAAGAUCUUCAUGAACACUUAUCGCUGCCGAUGAACUUGAUAUUGUUAGUGAUCAUUUGGGACAGGGAGACAGAUUCGUUACCCCGUGGGACCUUCACUCAGACGGAGCUAUAUCAUAAAAUUCAUCAUCUGUGGCAGAGUAAGGUGUUGGAGAGACUGGCCAACCAUCAACGGUACAGCAGCAUUUCUAAAGACGACCUAGAGGACAGAAUCCAAGUUAUUUUAAAGGAGAUAUACCGGUCAGCGCUCGAGAGCCUCUCUUGCAACCAGUUAAUCCUUGAGGAGGAAAUUGUUCACCAUUUAAAAUUAGCUUGUAAAAAGGUAGAUUUACCUCCCGACGAAAUUCUGUCGGCAUUCCUGACCUUGAAAUCUACUUGGACCGGGAAAGGCUUCCAGGAGCGGUAUUCUGCACCCCACAAGGGAAUCCAAGACUUCUACAGUGCUCUACAUAUUGUGACGACCCUUACGUGCCAGCUACAGUCUCUUUCCCUCCCAGUCUCACACAACGAGCCCCCAACACCACUUGUGUCUCCCCUGGCACAUGCUGCACUAGUCCCAAGUUCAUCUACACAAGACUCUCCUGGUAUUAUCAGGGAAGUGUUAACACAGGCCAUCAAAACAAGAAAGGUGGAUAUGGCUGAGUAUCAGAAUGUUCUAGUGCAUGUAGCCGGGAUGUUGCACCUGACUCUGGACCCAGUGCCCGAGGCCCUGGCCUACGAAGUUGUUGACCUUCUGCGCCAGUCUGGGAUGAGGGAGGAGUACCAGUGGCUCGACCUCCUCGAGAACACCACGGCCACUUCCGUCACAGCUAAGGCCGUGACUCCUUCCAUUAAUAAUACUAAUGACACUAUAGAAAUAAGUAAUAACCGUGUAGGGAGCUACGCAGCUCUCCUACCACACCUCAAACCCUCCAAUGUUUCCAUUUGUAUAGAGGAUGACCCUGCCGACAUACCUCGCCUGCCAGAGCUGGUGGCUGGCCUGGGCAGGCACCAGUGUCUACGGCUGCUCUUGCUUCACCACUACUGGCGGGACCAUACCACCACUUCCGACGACAUCUUGCGUCGUGUACCGCCUCCGAGUAAGCUGAAGGAGUUCGUGGGUGUUGUGAGCGGUGAUGGGGUGGCGGCGCUGCCUCCCAGCCUGACGGAGCUCCACCUGGCCGUGGUGAGUGAUGCCCACGCUCUCUGCCUCCUGCCACACCUGCACCACCUCGUCACCUCCCGCCUGCCUCACCUCCACCUGCUCUGUGUGAGAGUGGCAGAAGGAGUGUCCCCGGGAGUGCUGGAGCCCCUGGCCAGGCCUGCAGCAGCGAGGGUGCCGCCGCUGCCCAAAAAGACAGGAAGUCUGGUCGACCUGGAGCUGAGUGGUGUGGACGACGCAGGUGUGAGUCGUGCGUGUGCUGUGGCCAGCACGCUCCUGCCCCCUGGCGGGUACAGGACCAUUAAGUUCCCCGACGCGACACUGACAGCGGCCGGCUGCCGGAGCCUGAUACAGGGACUCGUCAAGUGCAAGGGGAAGGUCGGGUGGAUAAGAGUCCCUAAAGCCCUGGACCUUCAACCCUUCCAGGUGUGUGAGCUGGAGGACCUCGCUCACACCUGUCUCAACUGUGGCUUUAUACCAUAUGAUGACCAAAAGAUGAAGAAGCGACGAUGUCUCAGGCUGCCCUAGACCAUUAUUGCGUCGUAUGUGAUGAGAGAAAGGAAGGCACGGGUUAUAAAUAAGGCAAGAUUGAGAUAAUAAUCAGAGGAGGAAGGUAUGUCGUCCCACAACGACUUCAGUGUUUCACAUAACGAGGAGAACCCUUCACAGAUCGAGGAGAAUGAGGAGUCUUUUUUGGUAGAAUUUCAAGCAAUAUUAUAUAAGUUCUAUAUUAAAUAUAAGUAAGAUUAAAAAUAAGUAUAUAUAGUCUAGAUUAAAGUCUAUACUAUACUAGUCUAUAGUCUAUACUAUACUAGUCUAAAGUCUAUACUAAGUCUAUAUUAAAAAUAAGUAUUAUAUAAGUAUAUAUUAAAUAAGUUCAUAUUAUUUUUCUAUAUUCUUCCUAAAAUUAGAAAUAUAUUAUUGAAUUGAAUAGGUUCCACCCAUAAAUAAG